GUCUAAGAUAUAUUUUCUGGAGUGAAUUUAUGGCGACGAUAACAACUACAAAACAUUUAACAUUAAACGAAACAAUUCUAAUGUCACCAAGUUCCACCACACAACAAAAAGUAGCACAUAGAAAAAAGAAAGCGGCUAGAGCAUGUGUUCAUUGUCAAAAGGCACAUUUAACGUGCGAUGACUCUCGCCCUUGUCAAAGAUGUAUAAAAAGGGAUUUAGCCGGUACUUGUACUGACGGAGCAAGGAAAAAGGCUAAAUAUCUUCAAGAUGCAGAAGAUAACAUCAGUUGCACUUCAACCGACUCUCGCUAUAAUUCACAGACUAAUCAGAUCCAACAAAAUAAUACAUUACUUAAUACUCAACAAAAUUUCUUAACUGGAGCAAACCUUAUCGACACAUCACAACUUCUUGGUCUAGAUGGUAAUAAUUAUGGAUUUGGAUCAAAUUCAGCAAAUUUAGAAUAUUCAAUUCUAUCGAAUAUGCUGGGUUCACCUCAGUUUUUGGAUUCAAGCUCUCCAACGUCUUCCAAUACUAACAUAUGGUCAAAAAGCAAUAAUAACGAUACCCUGCUGACUACUCAAUCUACACCUACCACUAGCACGAGUUACACUCCCACCACCACAAUAUCGAAUAUGGGCGACCCCGUUUUAUUCUCUCCCACCUUUCAACAACAACAACAACAAGAUCAUCAAACUCUUGACUCUAUCCCCAAAAUAGAUCAAAGUCCAAAAUCGAAUAUCAUUUUGACCCCACCUUGCACAAUAAAGAAACAACAACAUCGUCAUAGUAGUAUCAGUAUCGGUUACGCAAAUGCAUCAAAACCAUUCAGCUAUGCUGAUGGAUACCAUUAUCUUAUCAAUUACGUGAGACAAAAAAUGGGGAGAGACGAAUUAAUGAGAAUAAGUAAAGCACUUGCAUUAUUUCGACCCUCCGUAUUAGCUUCCAUGAUGAAUUUAACAGAGGACGAUUUGAUUUUCACGGAAAAGUGUUUACAAAGGACCCUAUUGGAAUACGAAAAAUUAAUAACCUAUUCUGGAACCCCAACCGUUGUAUGGCGCAGAACAGGCGAGAUUGCUCUCGUCGGAAAAGAAUUUUCUCUAUUGACUCAAUGGUCUCGUGAUGCAAUAUUAGGGAAAAAAACCUACAUCUACGAACUGAUGAGCGAUCCUUCUGCCGUUGAAUAUUGGGAAAAAUAUGCAUUGCAUGCCUUUGAUAACACAGAUUCUGCCGUAUAUAGCUCAUGUAUACUUAUGAGCCCCACCAAAAGGGUGGUACCCUGCACUUUUUGUUUUACAAUCAAAAGGGACAUUUUUGAUUUACCCAGUGUGAUAGUGGGCAAUUUUUUGCCAAUACUCAGCUAAAUAUUUCUCACGGUUCUUCCAUAUUGUUCUAUUGUAAUCCCACGCAUUCUGUACACUUGUUUACAAAAAAAAACCAAAAUAGAAUACAGCUGUUAUAGUAGUUCAAGUUUGUUUGUAUGUGUAUGAUAAGCUUACAAAGCGAUUAUUUAAGAACAUGCCCUUUGAAAAGCAGUUUGUAAUCAACUGAGGGACUUUUUUUUCUUAAUGAUCUGUCUGUACUUCAUGACGAACUGUAAAAUAAACCCAAUGUAAAAAAAUUAGUUUCGUAUCAAACAAAAAAA